GCCUACGUCACCAGCAACGCAUGCGCAGUGCGAGGCGAACCCAAACGCACCAACAACAUCAGCGUCACCAGCAUAAAACUAUUUUCAACAACCUUUGGUGUUAGAAAGGUACGGGAUAUCCCGAGGAUUAUUUUCGGACAAGAAACUCCGAAUUUGCCUGAAACGACGCUUUAGCGACAGCGGAAGAAGCGAGAAGUGAAACCUCUCGUUUGGGGGACACUUUUUGGAAGUCGCUCCACAGUUAACAGACUCUGCGCACUUGCUUCCUCUUUCACUGUGGCGAAUAAACAACCAGCGUUGAGAUGUCAGAAGUAUCGUGAUUAAGGAUACUGGGGUGAUACCGUGGAUCAGGAGGUAAACAACCCGGAUCCCCCCUCCCCCCGUGUGUGUUUGUGUUUGUUUUCUACAUGAGUGUGUCGGCAGGAUGUCGCUGAGUUCAGGCGGUUGGACUCACACUCCUGGCCACACACCUGACCAGUCCGUCGCCCACCCCAGUCACUAUGGGGCCUCGCAGUCACAGUCUGGCUGCCACACCGUCCUCGUGUCGGUUCGGGUGUCGGUAUGUCAUUCUGGUAUUCGGCCGCUGUGUCUUCCGGGAGCAGGUGAUGAGUCACUCCGCCUGCAGCUCAGCAUGGACCCGGGGAAGUCCGGGGAAUUCCGGCUGUCGCUCCAGGACUGCAGCGGGAAUGGCCGGAGCGUGACCAUCGCUGAGUUUGAUCUGAGGACAAUAAACUACGAGGUGAAGUCACCAAAGUGCCACGAGCUGAGUUUGGCGGCACCGCCACAUGACCGCAUCAGUUUCAACUUCCGCUGUGAGCAGGAGGCUCAGGAGUGGGCUACGGUGGUGAUGUCUUCACUGAGGGAAGCACACAGAGUUGUCCCUCAGGAUAAUGGUACACAACGCCCCCUGGAUGGUAUCAGUCAUCCGAACACCUUGGCAUUGCAACAGACAGAGGAAGCCUGCAUAGAGUUGACCCGAGCCAUAGAAGCUGGUGACAUGCAGUCUGCUUCUGUCUUUGCUGAAAUGCUCGCCCGACAACACGUCGCGCUCAAGAUUCAGCCCUCUGCCAGAGACUAUGAAGACGCUGAAAUCAGCUUGGCUGUUGUAGUUGAGGAUUCUUCGUCGUCCUGUUGCAUCACUGUGAAAGUUUUCCCUCACAUGACUACUGCAGCGCUGAAACAACAGAUGUUUCUUGAGUAUGGCUUUCACCCGCGGGUGCAGCGCUGGGUGAUUGGCCAGUGUCUGUGCACCGACCAGCGUUCUCUGGCCUCAUAUGGAGUUCAUCAGGAUGGUGACACAGCCUUCUUGUACCUCCUGUCGGCCCGUCAUGUUCGCUUGACCCGACAAGUUCUCCAGCAGGACCAGGAGAGUGCACUUCUUCUCAGUUCUCCAUCUCUGACUCUCCCGAUUCUUGCCCCCGCUGCUACCUCUGCAAAUGGCCCCUCAUCCCUGGACCGGAGGCCUUACACCACCCUACCUCCUCGAAACCAUACCAGCAGCAGUACUAGUGGGUCAGAGAGGGGAAACAUCUGUGAGAUCAGAGAUCUCAUCAACCUAGAGAUGCCUCAACUCAGUGAAGCACUGAGCCCUAGCACGACCUCCACCCAGGGUUGGUCAUGUCCUUCUUGCACUUACAUUAACAAACCGACACGGCCGGGCUGCGAGAUCUGCAGUACAAACCGCCCUGAGAGCUACGUCAUCCCUGGAGGAUACAAACCUGACGCACUGGAACUCCAACGAAUCCAGCGGGAGAAGGAGGCUGUCAGACAGUACCAACAGGCAAGGGAAGAGGAGCGCAGGAAGAAUUUUGCCCAACUGAUGAUGAUGGACAGCCAGGACCUGCUGCCGAACCCAGAGCCUGUGGAGUGUAGGAUCUGCUACAUGGACUUGAAGCCAGGGGAGGGGGUCCUGCUGAGGGAGUGUCUGCACUGCUUCUGCAAAGACUGCUUACGUUCAGUCAUCAUGCUGAGUGAAGAGCCGGAGGUGUCCUGUCCCUACAGAGACGACACAUACUUUUGUACCUGCUCCCUGCUGGAGAGGGAGAUCAGAGCUUUGGUGCCAGCAGAUGUGUAUGAGCGCUGGCUGCAGAAAGGUCUGUCAGUGGCAGAGUCUCGAUGUGAGGGCAGCUACCACUGUGCCACUCCAGACUGUCAGGGCUGGUGUGUCUACGAGGACACAGUCAAUGUCUUCCACUGCCCCGUCUGCAGGAAGCACAACUGUCUGAUUUGCAAGUCUAUCCAUGAGGGAAUGAACUGUAAGCAAUACCAGGAUGAUCUUGCGGCUCGUGCUACAAAUGACUCUGCUGCAAGGAGGACAACACAUCUACUUAAGACUCUUGUGAAGUCAGGAGAGGCAAUGCACUGUCCCCAGUGUGGGAUCAUUGUGCAGAAGAGGGAUGGGUGUGAUUGGCUGCGCUGUACUGUCUGUCACACUGAGAUCUGCUGGGUAACUAGAGGACCCCGCUGGGGGCCUCGGGGACCUGGAGACACCAGUGGAGGAUGCCGCUGCAACGUCAAUAAUCAGAAAUGCCACCCUAAAUGCCAAAACUGCCACUGAAAAUCUAAAGAGUGGUCAGUUCAAGCCAAAAUUGUCUGGAGACAUUCUCAAUUUCCUUUCAGCAAUCAGAGAAAUUACAAGUUAACGUUUAGCUCUGUCUCUCACAAACAUAAAAAUGCAGCCUGUAUGGGUUUUAAUACGAUAGUGUUUAGUAUAAACUAUCAGUUAGAAGAAGCUAUGCAGGGAAAGAGUAUUAACUUUUAUUGCAUGUGGUGCUUUUUUUAAAUUAUUGCACUGCAAAUGUAAAAAUACAGGAUUGUUGUUUUCUGUUUCGUUAGUUACCAGGAUGCAUUGCAUUAAACUGAAGUGACCUUAUUCUUGUGCACGAAAGGUUUAGCAGGGUGUUGAAGUUUUCCAGGAAAUGUGAAAAUAUUGUUCUUGUUCUGUCCUUAAUAUGCAAUUUUCUGCAUAGAAACAGAUCAAACAAAUGUAUAGACUUACGUAUGGUUAUAGUUUUCGUGUCAGUGUGAGUAGUUGGACUGCACGCAAGUCUUCUUGCCAAAGAGCUUUGAAAUGCGUCUGAUUGUUAACCUGAAUCUCAUCUGUUUGUCCACCUCGAACCGGUCGGUUUGUGUGUGGUUAUCACCCACGUGCUUCUGUGGUAACUGUGGUACUGCUGACCAGCUGAGUAUUGGAUGAUGACAUUAUCAAUGCAUAGCACAGCGUAUUGAUUGAUUGAGUAAAAUGUUAAUCGCAAUACUUGACUACUUUCUGUAAGUGAAGGCACAUGUAAGCACAUUUUGUCAGUUAGCUUAUAUUCCUGUGACAUAACUCAGAUAUGAUAAGGUGCACAUGGUGAUAUUAGUCAACAUACUUUUUCAAUCCGGUGAAAGCUUUGUAUCUUUGUAGAUUUUUAAUUCACCUAUGCAUGACUUUGUUAUUCCAGUACCUUAGUGAACAUCGUAUCAUGUAUGAACCUCACCAGGAUAAGAGUGAUCAGCCUGACCAACAGCAUGUGCUGUUACCUAACAUGAAAAAGAUAACUCCAGACAUACUACACUACUGCCCGGCACUGACAAGCCAUGAUCAAGUCUCCACUGUUACUUGUGUUCAAACAUCAGCUCUUUGUCGUUGAUGUACAGCUGUGCCUUAAUUAUCAAUAAAUACCUUUUAAUCUCUCA